AUGGCAUUAAGUCGUGAUGAACAAUCAAUUAAAGUUGUACGUCGAAGUUUAUUUUUUAAAUGUCGUUUUGUAUAUCGACCUUUACAAAUAAUUCUUGGUGUUUUAUUACUUUUAUUUGCUAUACUUAUAUUUAUAUCAUUAUUAUUAAGUAAUAUUAAUAAAUGUAUACAUUUUGUAAGUAUUAAACAUAUAUUUGCACAUGGAAAUAAAACAUUACCAAACCCAAUUGAUAUAAUUAUAACAUGGACGGGAAAAUUUUAUCCAAUGAGUUAUAUUGUUCUAUCUCUUUUACUGAUUUAUAUUAUUGUAACAUCACUUUUUGGUUUACAACAACUUGGUAUUUGGUAUUUUUGGAUUCGAAUGUAUCGAUUUUCACGCGGACGAACAAAACCACAAGCUAUAUUAAUGCUUUCAUCAUUAAUGAUGUUUAUUGUUGUAGCAAUGAAUGCUUUUGUUUAUCUUCUUAUACCUCAAUAUUCAAUUUAUGGUGACCAACAUUAUGCUUCAGUAAGCACAACAGUGAUUAUUCAACCAUGUACACAAUAUGUUACAACAGAUCAAUGUGAAAUGACCGUGAUGGGUCGUAUAAUACUUCGGUUUUUCUAUAAAGUUUGGUUUUUUGGAGCUGUUUAUUUUUUUCUUAGCUGGUUAUUUCUUAUUGUAAUGAAAAUAGUUCGUAAUCGUGAAUCAAAUAUUCAAGAAUUUACAGUUGAACAUCUCUCAGACGAAGAUGACGAUGAUGAGGACGAUGAAAAUGAACCAUUAAUUCAAUAA